AUGAAGUUCUCCUACAUCAGCCUCCUUGCCGCCGCCCUCGCCGGCUCUGCCAUGGCCGCCGCAGUUCCGGGCGAUGCCGACGCGAACUCCGCUCAACACAUGCCCGAGCUCGUCGCCCGCAGGUCUCCAACUUGCGACGGAAGUGGCGCGAUCGUCGAUGAAUGCAAGCAGUGGUGCGGUUGCUCCAAGAAGGGGUCCAUGAACUGCCAGUCACCUGCGACCAAUUCGGGCUGCAAGGACCAGGGCUGCAAGUGCUAG